CACGCACGAAAAUAACGUUCUACCCGGCACUCGGACGGAGUAGCAGCUCUAUAAAGCUCCAUAAAGUCGAAGAACGGAGCUCAAAGCACAUUUGACAGUUGACAAGGCCCGAGCCUGAAUAUAUCGUAGAUAGUUUGCUGCUUGUUCCAGAGGCGAAACAUGUUCCAGGCGACUGAGCUGCGGUCCUGUCUGGUGCUCCAGAUACUGCUGGAGACGAAUGUCUAUGUGUCCGCAUUGUGGGCCCUCAACUAUUUGUUCCACAUAGUCGUACACAUGGACGAGCUAUGGAGCUUCGAUACCGCGGCCCUCCUGUUGGCCUAUGUGCUGGCCGUGGGCUCCGAGGCAGUGCGCCUUUAUGGCGCCUUUGCGGUGAAUCUGCGCCCAGAGAAUGCCUCAAUGUGGCUGCUGUUGACAGUGACGCCGUGUGUCCUGUUCCCGUCCAUGGUCUACCUCCGGCUAUCCUUGGCAACGAACGCCCGCCUCUGGCCGCACUAUAUCUCGUAUGCGGUGCUCUUUCUGAUCGGCCUGGAGGUGAUUGCGAUCCUGGGAAACAAUAUAAGGAACGAACUGGAUGAGACAAAUCAGCAGCUGGCGGAUUUCAGGACGCAUCAUAGCCCUGCCCUUCGAAAUGAGAAUCGGAGGGCGGCUCGCGUGGACUAAAGCUCUGAGGUUUAUUGUGUUGCUGGCAGCAACGACCCUCUCUAAUAAAAUUAAGUAAAAUA